AUGACUUUCAACCACGAAACUACUUCUGAACAAAUCGCUGAAGCCUUUGGCUCUCAAAUCAAAGGCAAAGUCGUGCUUGUAACUGGUGCUACAUGGGGUGGAAUUGGUGCUGAUAAUGCUCGUGUAAUCGCUGCUUCUGGUGCUAAGCUUGUCAUUAUUACUGGUCGUAGCCAAGCUAAGCUAGAUGAAACUAUUGAAAACAUUCAGAAGCAAACUCCUAAUGCCAUAGUCCGGGGUCUUAUUCUUGACCUUUCUUCCUUCAAAUCUGUCCGCAAGGCAGCUGAAGAAGUUAAUGCUUAUGCUGAGGAUAUAGAUGUUCUCAUCAACAAUGCUGGAGUUAUGGCUUGCCCCUAUAGUAAGACAGAGGACGGUUUUGAGAUGCAAUUUGGUACCAACCAUCUGGGACACUUUUUGUUUACCAACCUUAUUCUUAAAAAGCUAUUGGCCACUCCCCAUCCCAGAGUAGUCAAUGUUAGCAGCCUUGGACAUGGUCUUGCUCCUAUCAUUUUUGGUGAUAUUGGAUUUUCCGAUGGCGCUAAGUACGACAAGAACCACGCCUAUGGCCAAUCGAAGACUGCCAAUAUCCUCUUUACUAGAGAGCUUCACCGAAGAUAUAAUAAAGAGCAUGGCCUUGUUGCAUUCAGUAUUCACCCUGGUGCUAUUUUAGAUACCAAUCUAGCUCGUCAUAUGGACAUCAAUAAUGACUAUGCUAAUAUUGAAGUCCCUAAAGAUUAUUGGGGAACUGGCGACUUCGCCCAGAAUAUGUCUACACUGAAGAUGAAAAACGUCAGCCAAGGAGGUGCUACCACUUUGGCUGCUGCUUUUAAUCCUGAAAUAGCCUCUCAGUCCGGAGCCUACCUUGAUGAUUGUGAAAUUCAUGAGGAACACUGUAGAAAUCAUGCUAAACAAUCCAAUGAUGCCUUUAAGCUCUGGACCGUCAGCGAGGAAUUGGUUGGUCAAAAAUUUGAUUAG